GCCGGGUGUCGUUGCAGUUUGGGACAGCUACUCUACGGAUUUACAGAGACCCGGAAGUAGUACAAUCGAGUUGCUCCAUUUGUUUGUGUGAGUUUGGUGGAGAAACGACAACACGCGAAUGACAAGUUGAGCGUCGGUGAUGGAAAAUGAGGGCAUUGUUUUGAAUGCCUACGUGAAAACGAUGCCGACCUUUACAAGCACUUACGACGAAGAUAAUGAAAGCAACAUAACGGAUGAGUCCAGCGAAGUUGGGGCACCAAGCACAGAUUUAGUGCAGGAUGAUAGGGAAACCAAAGUGUGUGUUCCUGACAGUGUUUUGGAACUGCACAAGCACAGACUUGAAAACAAAGACAGUGUUGAAAGAGACCGAAAGACUACUGCGGUGGAUAUUUUAAGAAGAAAUUUCGGAAGGUCUAGAUCACGUCGAAACUUCACUUUCACGGAGGAUUACAGAGAUCCAGAGGAUGUAGUUUUUACAAUUAGCAACAUGCAAAUGGGACACUCCGAAACGAAUGAAGAACACUCGGACCAUAAUGGACAAAUCGAAGUAAAGUUAGAAUGUCAAACGGAAUCGGAAUUUUCCGAUGUAGAAGAGAUUGAAAUUAGGCCGGAUGAUUCAGAAGAAACUUUUGAGUCUAGAGUUAAACCUAAAGACGACGGUAGUACGCGUGAGGUGAAACAACACGUCUACUGCUCCGUUUACUGUAUUGCCAACGACAGUUACAGGAAUUCCGUGGAUAUCACGGACGGCGAAGAGGAUCGGACAGUAACCCCGUGGACAUCCAAUACAUCACUGGAACAAAAUACACAAUCCCCGCAACAGAGUGAUUCGGAGGUCACAGUUUAUCCUGAGCCUUUUACCUUAGCAGAUCUGGUGGAUGCUACUGCUUUGAACAACUUUUAUAACGGGGAUUCAAGUUUGUCAGCUGUGUUAACUUGCCGCAUUUGUCUGGAAGAUAAACACAUAAAGCCGCUACAUUGUUGCAAAAAGGCCGUCUGCGAGGAAUGUCUGGAAACAUACAUCAGUUCACAGGUGCGUGUGGGUCGUGCGGCCGUGUUCUGUCCCAUCACGGAGUGCAGCGGCUUCCUGGAGGAGAGCGUGGUGCUGGCCCACCUGCCGGCCGAGGACGUGGACAAGUACAAGUACUUCCUGGAGCUCAGCCGGCUGGACGCCGGCACCAAGCCGUGUCCGCAGUGCAGCCAGUUCACCUCCCUCAAGAGCCGCGGCACGGGGGCACCCGCCACCACACGCAGUGUAGAGCACAAGUACAAGAUCCAGUGUAGCAAGUGCCAGUUUGUGUGGUGCUUCAGGUGCCAUGCCCCCUGGCACGACGGCCUCAAGUGCCGCGACUACCGUAAGGGGGACAAGCUGCUGCGCGACUGGGCCAGCGUCAUCGAGCACGGGCAGAGGAACGCCCAGAAGUGCCCGCGCUGCAAGAUCCACAUCCAGAGGACUGAGGGCUGUGACCACAUGACCUGCACGCAGUGCAGCACCAACUUCUGCUACCGCUGUGGGGAGAGGUACCGCCACAUGCGCUUCUUCGGCGACCACACCUCCGACCUCAGCGUGUUCGGAUGCAAGUACCGCUACCUGCCCAACAAACCCCACCUGCGCCGCUUCGUCAGGGGCUCAGUCUGUGUGACAAAGCUGCUGUUGUGUCCAUUGGUGAUGGUGCUCACAGUGGUGGUUGGUGCCGUGGUCAUCGUUGUUGCUCUGCUGAUCUUCCCCAUCUACUGCUGCAAGAAGCGCAGGAAGAGACCACAAGGGACCGAGUACUGGUUCUCCUGAAGGGCCCUCCAACUCCACCUCCUCCACCUCCUCCUCCUCCUCCUCCUACCACUCCUCGUCCUCGUCCUCCACCACCCCAUCCUACUCCACUGCUGCUUCUGCUGCUGCUGCUGGUCCAGCCCAGCCCUGGGGUCAACAGAGGACACCGAUGGGUGGACCACAUGGUUACAGAUGAGCAGACAAACCAAAACAACACACACACACACACACCCCUGCCUUUCCUGUGUCCUCGGUAUCUGCAAGAGAGAGAGAGAGAGAGAGAAAAGACCGAACCAACCUCUCGCCCACUAAUGAGGCCGUUUCAGACAGAACCAGACCCAAACAGAGUAGUCAUGUCCUGCUGAGUCAAAUUUAGUCCAGUUAGACUCUCACUCACACACACACACAGACACACCCAGCACACUCACUCCUUUGCCGUUCCAGAUGAAUCCAUCUCUAUGGGAGUGGUUCUCUAGCAUUGCGGUUGCCGAACAGAAGAGACUUUUAAACUGAGACGAGAAUGAAGGAUUUUAGAGAAGACCCAAUUGCAUUUGGAGGAUUUUUUCUUCCCAAUAACACUUUCAACAACAACAAAAACAUUGGAAAACGCUUAAUUCUGCACACUACAAGGACUUGACGUUUGAAUCAACCUAUAACUGUUGAAAGACUUAACUGUUAAUAUACCAUUGCACACUUUUUCCUUAGUCGUAUAGGGUCAGUGGCAUGUUCAGACUCCCCCUAAAAAAUACGGAUAUGCGUUUCUUCCUUUCUUUUUUUUUUUUUUUUAAUUUUCAGGGACUUUCUUUGUGGAGUGUGGAGAGGGCAGAGAGUGUGACAGGUCUGUGGCGAAUAAUUUCUCUGGCCAUCGUGAUAACUGAGCCACAGAUAAGCAAAAGCCUGGCCACUGAGACAUGGUCGGCACAGCCGUUUUGAUCCCAGGCUGCUGAUAACCAGUGGCCGCCAAUGUUGCUAAGCAACUGGAAAUGCUAAUGCGGAGUCAGCGAGCGUAAACAGAUUUCAAAUUAUUAUCAUCGGAAGCACCGCACACACACACACACAAACUCAUUUGAGUUGGCAAUUAACUGUACACGUGCUAUCAAACGUUUACAAACAAAUAUGACUUGUGGUUUAUAGCAGGACUUGUUUACUGAUAUUAAAAGUAUGUAACUUUUUUUUUUUUUUUUAACCUAAUGUAGCAAGUAGCAGGUGUUUCCCAAACUGAUCUGGCACCCUUUCAGACACAGAAUGAAGGCCUCUGCAGGAACCUAGGAUGUUCUGAUCAAGGCCGUUUGAAGAUUCUGAACAGUGUCGAGGAUGACGUUCGUUCGCAGACCU